AUGCCGGCCAGACAAGGCUCCCUGUUUGAGUGGAUCACCAAGCUCAAUAAUACCCUCUUCAUUCAACCCAACGAUGAGAUCGCUAUGAAGGCUAUAGAUGAACGGGUUGAUCCAAGUCUGAUCACAAAGAUUAAUCACAACGUGUACACGUACGACCAGUUCAAAGGAGGCCUCCUCUACGUUCGUGGUUCAACUACCGCUGUUCAAGACGAGUUCUCCGAGAUUCUCACGUGGGAGGAUCCAGAGAAGGGAGACGGUGUUGUGGCUGUCUUGAGUAAAUGGAGAACCAAGCAUAAGGAAACAGGAGAGGAGGCGAAGAAGACGAAUGUGAUCCUCUGGGAGGUUAAACUGAUUGAUGGGAAGCGAAAGCUUACUGGGCAGACUGAAGUUGAAGCGAUCUAA